CCGUUUGUUCGCUGGUUUUCAGUUCGCUGUUGAACCGUUCAAGUCGCGGAUUCAAGUAUCCAAGUAUUUUUUCUGUAGUGUAAUCAAAAAGAAAGUCAAAAAACUCUCAUCAUGGACGCGAUUAAGAAGAAGAUGCAAGCCAUGAAGCUUGAAAAAGAUAAUGCCUUAGACCGUGCUCUCCUCUGUGAGCAACAAGCUCGCGAUGCCAACUUGCGCGCCGAGAAGGCCGAGGAGGAAGCUCGCUCUUUGCAAAAGAAAAUCCAAACCAUUGAAAACGAUUUGGAUCAAACACAAGAAACCUUGGGACAAGUUAAUGGCAAACUUGAAACCAAAGAAAAGGAAUUGCAAACUGCCGAAUCUGAGGUUGCUGCUCUUAAUCGUCGUAUCCAAUUGUUGGAAGAAGAUCUUGAACGUUCCGAAGAACGUUUGGCAUCUGCUUCAGCUAAGCUCUCAGAAGCUUCCGCUGCUGCCGAUGAAAGUGAACGUGCACGCAAAAUACUUGAAAACCGCUCACUUGCCGAUGAAGAACGUAUGGAUGCUCUUGAAAACCAAUUGAAGGAAGCUCGCUUCUUGGCUGAGGAAGCCGACAAGAAAUACGAUGAGGUCGCUCGUAAAUUGGCUAUGGUUGAAGCCGAUCUUGAACGUGCUGAAGAACGUGCCGAAGCUGGUGAAGCCAAGAUUGUCGAACUUGAGGAAGAACUCCGUGUUGUAGGCAACAACCUUAAAUCCCUUGAAGUCUCUGAAGAGAAGGCCAACCAACGUGAAGAAGAAUACAAAAACCAAAUCAAGACCCUCACAAACCGUCUUAAGGAGGCUGAGGCUCGCGCUGAAUUUGCCGAACGUUCCGUUCAAAAGCUCCAAAAGGAAGUGGACAGACUCGAAGACGAGUUAAUUGUCGAAAAAGAUCGCUACAUGGAAGUGGGUGACGAACUAGACUUCACAUUUGUCGAUUUGAUCGAAGGCAUUGAGCCAAUUUACACGGUGCGUCGUCCCAAGCCUCCAACUCCCCCACCAAAGCCUCCAAGUCCUCCAAAACCAACGCCCGAGGAACUUGCUGCGAUUGCCGCUGCCGAAGCUGCUGCAGCUGGAGGCGCCGCGCCGGGCACUGAAGGCGCCGCUCCCGCUGAAGGAGGCGAGGCAGGAGCUCCAGCUGUCGUCAUCAAGGAUGCAAGUCCCUUCGAUUUACAGAAACACUUGCCGCCAGAAGCUGCCGAAGUACCAUUUGUGCCAUCACACGAAGAACCAAAGCCAGCAACGCCCGAGCCAUCGCCUGCCCCAGCUGCUGAACCAUCUCCAGCACCCGAAGCUGCUCCAGCUCCCGCUGAGGGAGAAGCUGCUCCCGCUCCUGCCGAAGGAGAAGCAGCUCCCGCUGAAGCACCUGCUGCUGAAGCUCCUGCUGCUGAAGCUCCUGCUGCCGAAGCACCUGCUGAUGCACCUCCAGCGGAAUAAAUUAACACCUUUUUGCCUUUUUUUUCUAACUUAAACGAUCACGACGAAUUUACAAGCUGCCAAAAACUAACUCUCAAAAUUUUUUAUUAGUCGCUUUUUUAUUAUUUCUUUAAAAAAAAAUAUUAAAUAUUAUACAACAUUACCAUAUUAUAUUUAUUAAUUGUACGAAGUCAAGCCAGAAAAAAGAA